UUGUGCGUGCGUGCGUGUAGGACAGAGCAUGGGCGAAUGUCGCCAUGAGCCUAAACUGCAUCCACGUCAUGGCCGACCGGCUGCGGGGCCAGGACCACCGUCCCCAGAAGAUGACAUCAUCAGAGGAGCAGGAAGCCACGGGAGACACAAACUCUCAGAACACCGCCCCCCCCUCCUCCCCCUCCCCCUCCUGGCAGGAGCAGCUGCUCCCUCUGGUGGUCACGCUGAGGGACUGCGUGCGCGAGGCGGUGGCGAAGGCCCGAACCGCCAUGACCUUCGUUGUCCUCCAGGGGGCGGUGGCGGCGAGCGUCGCCCAGGGCCCUGAACACAUCGUCCAGAGACGCCACGCCGUCUUCAGCCAGGCGCUCGCGGCGGCCGCGUGCGGCUUCAUGUUGAAGCUGUUCGGAGGUCUGGAGGAUCCGGACUUCCUGCUGCAGCUUCACUCUGUCGGACUCCUGCUUCAGUUUGAAGGCUUGCUCAGCACCUACGCCCUAGCCCAAAAAUCAACGAGCAGUAGCUGA